AUGCCGAGGGUAGAAAGGAGAAGGAGGAAGGAGAAGAUGACCGCAAGCCACGCCCCACCUAAAGACAACCUACCACCUCCACCAGAGGGUGGAAAACGGCCACGCCCAGAAGAUGGCAGCGAAGUAGAUAGUAGUGGAGAUGAGCUUGAAGGCUUUGACGAGCGUGAGUUGAGAGAGGAUGCUGAGGGUAAAAAGGAGAAAGAGGAAGGGGACGAUGACCGCAAGCCACGCCCACCCAAAGGCAACAGACCAUCUCCCCCAGAGGGUGGCAAACGGCCUCGCCCAGAAGAUGGCAGCGAAGUAGAGGGUAGUGGAGAUGAGCUUGAAGGCUUUGACGAGCGUGAGUUGAGAGAGGAUGCUGAGGGUAGAAAGGAGAAGGAGGAAGGGGAAGAUGACCGUAAGCCACGCCCACCCAAAGGCAACAGACCAUCUUCCCCAGAGGGUGGCAAACGGCCACGCCCAGAAGAUGGCAGCGAAGUAGAUGGUAGUGGAGAUGAGCUUGAAGGCUUUGACGAGCGUGAGUUGAGAGAGGAUGCUGAGGGUAAAAAGGAGAAAGAGGAAGGGGACGAUGACCGCAAGCCACGCCCACCCAAAGGCAACAGACCAUCUCCCCAGAGGGUGGCAAACGGCCUCGCCCAGAAGAUGGCAGCGAAGUAG